GGUGAGAGCUCGACUCUCACCUCACCAACAAUAUUCAUGUACAAAGCAGUAUUCCGAUCAAUCCCCUCGCCUGAAAACCGCUCUCCCCAAAACCACCAUUCAAUCUCUUUCUCUCUCCUCUCUAAAAUCCCCCACCUCCCACUUUCUCUCUCUAAACUCCCUUUCCUUCCUCCCCCUAUAUACGUUCAUACUAGUCCAUAUCACCCCUCCCUUCUCUCUCUCUCUCUCUCUAAGAACACACACCAUACAUCUCGUCUCGCUAUAUCUCUAUCUCAACACAACCUCCAAAAACCAAACUCCUUUUCUGCUCUCUCUCUGUCUCUCUCUCUCUCUCAUCGUCCUUCCUUUCUUCUAUUUCUUUCCAUGGGAAAUCACAAGUCCGAGUAAUAACCUCAUCGGCAUCGUUGAAAAAACACAGUACGGCGACUGAUAUAUUAUCAGUACAUAAAAAUAUCGUCAUAAGCGUAACCACAAGAGAAGAAACUCUCUCUGCUGUCUUCAAGUAAAUAUAUACAUAUAUAUAUUUUAUUCGUCUAUAUAUCUAGCGAUCGGAUAUGGCGUACCAUAACCACCUGUCGCAAGAGCUCAACGCUCUGCACCACUUCGCGGAUCACCAAAGCCAACAACAGCAGAGCCAGUCGACGUUGGAGGUCUUGACGUCAUCGGCCAAGUCGGCUGAGCAGCACCAGCCGCUCCAAGCGGCCCCGAAUUGGCUCAACAACGCCCUCCUCCGCACCCACGCCGCUCACUUCGACGGCGCCAACGGCGGCGGCGGCGGAAACAACAACAACAGCAGCAGCCACGUCAACAACAGCAACAACAACAAUUUCCUUAACCUUCACACGACCGCCUCCGAUUCCCGCGGUGGAGGCGGCGGCGGGACCUCGAACCAAUGGCUCACCCGGCAGAUCCUCCAGCGCAACCACAGCGACGUCAUCGACACCGUUGGCGACACCAUGAUCGCCGCCGCCAUGUCUCACGACUCCGGCGAGAUGAAGGUUGGAGACGCUGCGGACAGCCUGAACGGGAAGAGCGAGAGCGGAGUCGUGGUGGAGAGCGGCGACGGAGGCGUGAUGAACUGGCAGAAUGCAAGGUACAAGGCAGAGAUUCUGUCCCACCCGCUGUACGACCAGCUUCUGUCGGCGCACGUGGCGUGUCUCCGAAUCGCCACGCCGGUGGACCAGCUUCCGAGGAUCGACGCCCAGCUCGCUCAGUCGCAGAAUGUGGUCGCCAAGUACUCCGCCCUCGGUCAGGCCAUGGUCAGCGAUGAUAAGGAGCUUGAUCAGUUUAUGACGCAUUACGUUCUGCUGCUCUGCUCGUUUAAAGAACAAUUGCAACAACAUGUUCGGGUCCAUGCAAUGGAAGCAGUCAUGGCUUGCUGGGAGAUUGAGCAGUCCCUACAGAGCUUAACAGGAGUGUCCCCCGGUGAGGGAACGGGCGCCACAAUGUCCGACGACGAGGAUGAUCAAGUAGACAGUGAUGCUAGCCUGUUUGAUGGAAGUUUGGAUGGUCCUCAUGAUACUAUGGGAUUCGGGCCUCUCAUCCCUACAGAGAGUGAAAGGUCCUUGAUGGAACGAGUCAGGCAAGAGUUGAAGCAUGAACUGAAACAGGGUUACAAGGAGAAGAUCGUUGACAUUAGGGAGGAAAUUCUGCGAAAGAGAAGAGCGGGGAAGCUCCCUGGUGACACUACCUCUGUCCUAAAAUCUUGGUGGCAAACUCAUUCUAAAUGGCCAUAUCCCACGGAGGAAGACAAGGCAAGGUUGGUACAAGAAACAGGGCUGCAAUUAAAGCAGAUAAACAACUGGUUCAUCAACCAGAGGAAGAGGAAUUGGCACAGCAAUCCUUCCACUUCAACAGUUUUGAAGAGCAAACGCAAAAGUAGUGCAGGUGAAAACAGCGGCGAUCGCUUCGUAUAAAUAAAGGAAACAUGGAUCGAGAUCAAAACAUUGAAUAUAUCCGACGUAUAAUUCGAGACCGCAGGAUUCGGGUGAAAGGGAUAUCAGGUUUUGCUUCAACAGAAAGAGAGACAAAGCUAACACAAAUGAUGAUGAGGAGUUUGGUGAUGAUGAGCGAGAUAUAUAUGAGGGAUCACACAAGUAUAUAUAUGUAUACGCUCAAAGGCAUAUAUAUAUACGGAAGGCAGAUGGUGGUGUAGUGAAUUGUACGGCCGUAUCGUAUUGAAUAGGAAUUCAGUAUUUAGGAAUUUAUCAUAUUAUUACCGAUACUAAAUUAAUGAAUAGUUUCACAUCAUGCAUAUUUUUAGCGGGCGUAUAAUUUUUGCUUCAGGACUCAGGAGUCAUUAUAUUUGUGAAUAAGAAUAGCGAGGGGCCUUUUUUUGGGGGGUGUACAGUACUGUAAUGAUCUGUGCAUGGUUUUUCUUACCGUCGCAUUGAUAUUGAUUACAUAUAGCUUCUUCUUUUUUUUUUUUUUUUUUUUUCUACCUAUCUUUUUUGGGGCAUUUUGGUGUAGAGAACUAUAAUUGGUAGAAAUAGUGUUAUGUAAAUUUUUCACAAUUUUAUGUAGCCUUGUUCAUUUCGUGCUUAAAAA